AUGGACUCGGUGCUGCUAGAACACUUCCCCGGGGGCCUGGACGCCUUCCCGUCCCCCUAUUUCGACGAGGAGGACUUCUUCACCGACCAGUCUUCUCGCGACCCUCUGGAGGACGGGGAUGAGCUGCUGGCGGACGAGCAGGCCGAGGUGGAGCUCCUCAGUCACCAGCUGCACGAGUACUGCUACCGCGACGGGGCGUGCCUGCUCCUGCAGUCGGCGCCCUCGGCGGCCCCGCACGCGCUGGCCCCGCCGCCCUCGGGGGUCUCGGGGGAGCUAGACGAAGGCGGCGCCUACUGCUGCGAGUCGGGGGCGCCCCCCGGCGGCUUCCCCUACUCGCCCGGCUCCCCGCCCUCGUGCCUGGCCUACCCGUGCGCCGGGGCAGCCGUGCUGUCCCCCGCGGGCCGGCUGCGCGGUUUGAGCGGGGCGGCGGCGGCGGCCGCGCGGCGGCGGCGACGAGUGCGCUCCGAGGCCGAGCUGCAGCAGCUGCGGCAGGCGGCCAACGUGCGCGAGCGGCGACGCAUGCAGUCCAUCAACGACGCCUUCGAGGGGCUGCGCUCGCACAUCCCCACGCUGCCCUACGAGAAGCGCCUCUCCAAGGUGGACACGCUGCGCCUAGCCAUCGGCUACAUCAACUUCCUCAGCGAGCUGGUGCAGGCCGACCUGCCCUUGCGCGGCGGCGGUGCGGGCGGCUGCCGGGGGCCCGGCGGCGGCGGGCGCCUGGGCGGGGACAGCCCGGGCAGCCAGGCCCAAAAGGUCAUCAUCUGCCAUCGGGGGACCCGGUCCCCUUCCCCCAGCGACCCGGAUUAUGGCCUCCCUCCCCUUGCAGGACACUCGCUGUCAUGGACAGAUGAAAAACAACUCAAAGAACAAAAUAUUAUCCGAACAGCCAAAGUAUGGACCCCAGAGGACCCCAGAAAACUCACCGGCAAAUCUUUCAACAACAUAGAAAACGAACCGCCCUUUGAGCUUGUGGCCUGA